GCUGGCGGGGGGGCCUCUGGAGGGAUGUGAGAGCUGUGUGUGUCCCUUCGUGCGAGCUCACUGCCACCCUCGCGCGCUGCGUCCCUGCGGCCCGGCUGAGGCUCCCCUCGGCCUCUCCGGCCGGGCCCCACGUUAUGUCGUGAUCCCGGGCGGGCGGCGCUGCUGCUGCUGCUCAUGGGGCUGCUCAGGAUUAUGCUGCCGCCCAAGUUGCAGCUGCUGGCGGUGCUGACGUUCGGGGUGGCCGUGCUCUUCCUGGAGAACCAGAUCCAGAAGCUGGAGGAGUCCCGCGGCAAGCUCGAAAGAGCUAUUGCAAGACAUGAAGUCAGAGAAAUAGAACAACGUCAUACAAUAGAUGGUCCUCGACAAGAUGCAACUGUGGAUGAAGAUGAUGAUGUGGUGAUCAUUUACAACAGAGUACCUAAAACUGCAAGCACAUCCUUCACAAAUAUUGCCUAUGACCUUUGUGCAAAGAACAAAUAUCAUGUUCUGCAUAUCAAUACAACCAAAAAUAAUCCUGUUAUGUCACUGCAAGAUCAGGUGCGAUUUGUGAAGAAUGUAACUUCCUGGAAGGAAAUGAAACCAGGAUUUUAUCAUGGACAUAUAUCUUACUUGGAUUUUGCAAAAUUUGGUGUUAAAAAGAAACCAAUUUACAUUAAUGUCAUAAGAGAUCCUAUAGAACGACUAGUUUCUUAUUAUUACUUUUUGCGGUUUGGAGAUGAUUACAGACCAGGGCUACGAAGGCGAAAACAGGGGGAUAAAAAGACCUUUGAUGAAUGUGUAGCAGCUGGAGGCUCAGACUGUGCUCCAGAGAAACUUUGGCUUCAAAUUCCAUUCUUCUGUGGCCACAGCUCAGAAUGCUGGAAUGUGGGGAGCAGAUGGGCUUUGGAACAAGCCAAGUACAACCUGAUUAAUGAAUUCUUCCUAGUGGGAGUCACUGAAGAGCUUGAAGACUUUAUUAUGUUAUUGGAGGCAACUUUGCCCCGAUUCUUUAGGGGUGCUACAGAACUGUACCGGACAGGAAAAAAGUCUCAUCUUAGGAAAACAACAGAGAAAAAGCUCCCAACAAAAGAAACCAUUGCCAAGCUGCAGCAGUCGGAAAUUUGGAAAAUGGAGAAUGAGUUCUAUGAAUUUGCACUGGAGCAAUUUCAGUUUGUCAGAGCACAUGCAGUUCGGGAAAAAGAUGGAGAAUUGUAUAUUCUGACGCAAAACUUUUUCUAUGAAAAGAUUUACCCUAAGUCGAACUAAGAACAAGGUAUACUGUUAGAUUAAUGGACUAAACCUUUGGUCACUUUGUCAUCUUAGUUCUCAGCCCUGGAAAAUAGUGUGCUGGUAGACCUCUGAGGUAUUUCUCUCUAGAGCUGAGGAAAGUGGGCUGUGGAUCACACCAAAGGUGUUGGAUACUUGACUUAAGCUUCAGUUCUUUUAUCUAACUAAUAGUUUCAGUGGGAGUUACUACCCUUUCCCUGAAGAAACCUACAUUUUCCUUUACAGAUAUUAACUGCACAGAGGUUUUGGUUGAAAAUAUAAACAAAAAAUGCUUCUGUUUAUGCUGUUGUUGAUUCUCAGAGCAAUUUAUUUUCAUUUAAACUUCUGUAAACAAGAAAUCAACUGUUUUCCCAGCUUCUACAUGGAGAUUUUGGUUGUAUACAAUUAUGAAUAGUGUUAAUAACUGGUUGACAUCUGUGCUUUGUUUUUGUGAGUCACGUUACAUGAUAUUCAUUGGAAUGGUCAAUCAUGUUCUGCUAAGAAAUGCUGCUGCUGGAUUUGCCCAUAUAUAAAUGUGGUUUUAUUAAAAAGAAAAGUUAUAACUAAUCAUUAGUGUUUUUAAAAAAUAAUUUCCAUAUUAAUAUUGUAAAAAGAGAAUCGAGGCAGUAUUUCCUUUUCCUCCCUCACCCCAACUGCCAACUGAAGUUGGGAAAAUUCUGCAAAGAAAGUUGGCAUUGCCUGCAGUUCUAGUUAAUGCUUAUACAUCAAUAUAAAAAAACCCUAGUAAAUUCAGUAUCAAGUUGCUCCAUGGAUUCUUCAUAAUGACUGUAAACUGAGAUAUUGGUGAAUCCAUAUUAUGACUCCAUUAGUGAGCUGUGGUAUGGUUUGGGUUUUCCUACUUCUUCUAUACUUUUACCUGUAGAAUAUUUUUACUAAGGUGCUUUAUAAUGUGUUUUAAAGCAUUGCAUUUACAAAAGGAGUAAAAUGCUGUAAAUACUGCAUAUUUUAUGUAUUUGGACCAAAAGGUUACAAGUAAUUAGCUGAAAGUGGUUUUUGCACCAGUUUUGUUACAUGUGAAGUAAAAACCAUCUCAUCUGCUGUUCUGCUUCCUAUUUUAGUUAACUGUUGGACAUCACUGAAAUGCACUUCAAUGACCUCUACAACUUUACUAACACAGCACAUUGUCCAGAAGUUCUCUUUACCUAAAAUUAGUCUGUAUCUUUUUAUAACAUUUGAAAGAGGAAAAAGAAAAUCAAAUGUGUGGUUGAGACACGGUGAACUUGACAUAAAUGUGUUUAUGUAACCGCCUUACAUCACUAUUGUAAACUUGUAUGAUUUGCCGUUAUUAGCAGCUUGAAACACCUGGUAGAUUAAGUGUAGUUGAGAUUAGUGAACAGAUGUUUGGGUACUGGGGACACUGUGUUUUAACAAACUGCAGUGAAUACCUACAUGUAACUUUUUUAAAAAUCACAGUAAUUACCCCUUUUUUCACCUUCAGUUUAUAAAAAUUAGUUUCCCUGGGUUUGAUUGGGGUGGGGGGAAGGAGAUAAUGUGACGUAUCUGAAUCCCUAAGGAUGGUGCUUAAAGCAAUAGUGUAAAGUUAUUAAGAUGGAGUUUCUUUAAUGCAUUUGUUUUUUGUAAUAUGAAAAUGAUUGGGAGUUGAAAAUCAUGUGUACAUUGGAUGUUUGCUGCCAAAAACACAAUGAUCCAAUUAUGAAAAGAUUAAUUGAUCCACUAUCCAGUACUAAUUUUAAAUUUGCUUUACUAUUCUUUGGACCUUCCUCUUUUGAGAUUUAAAAAAAAAAAACAUUUCUCAAAUAGCUGUUCGCCUCAAUUAGGUACUGGUGGAUCUUUCUUUCUGAUUACUGAUUUAUGUAGCAUGUACCAGACAGGAUUUUGCUUGAUUCCUUUCCUGUGUAUCAGCUUCAUUAAUGAUGCCAACACAUCACUGGGGAACAGGAUUUGCUACUUGAUUUAUGUUUCUUCUACUAGCUGGUUGUCUAGCUGGACAAGAAGUACUGGAGAGUCAUCAUAGAGUGGCUAUUGCAGUUCUGAAAUUUUCUGUUAGACUGGUAAAUUUUGGAAAUACAGUGGAUAUUUAUCAUUUUAAAAAAUGAACAUUUUUAGGGCAGAUCACAUUUUGUCCCCCAUAUAAUUUGGAUUUAUUUGCUUAAAGCACCUUAUUUUCUCAAUCCUUUUGUAAAAUUUUCAGAAUAUCUCUGAACAGAUGCAAAGUGAAAACACAGUACCCAACUAGCUAACGAAAUAAGGCAUUUAAACAUGCAAACAAAUGCCUUAGUUUGAGAAGAAAACUAUGGGUGAAAUCCUGGCCCUACUGAAAUCAGUGGAAAUUUUACCAGGAUAUAAUCAUAUAAAUGUAGUUUUUGAACUUCUGCUCCUCUUCCGCCAAUAGUCAUCUUAAAAAUAUAUUAAAUGUCUCCAUUUUAAAGGAGACAUUUAUUUUUCAUAGUUCACAUCAUGGAAAAAAUCUUUUAUUUCCUCACAUAAUACAACUCCUGUCCUCUACUUGCUGUGAAUUGAUAAAAUUGAGAGUCAUGAUACAGAAAUAUGCAUCUCUUUAGAAACUUACUGAUUUAAAAAUAUUAAUUAAUUACAUGUUGGGGUGGAGGAGGAAUCAAAAUUGUGGCUACUUUUAUAUCAUAUGAAAUAAUUCAUUCAGGGAGUAUUUUAAAAUCCUUUGACCUCAAACAGUCAAACUUCUGCUUCUUAAAGGGAUAAUCAACUUUACACAUUUUUAAUAACCUACUCUAUUCUUGUAUUCUGUAAUUCUCCAAAUCACUGGUUAUUAGAAGUAAUUUACAGUAUAUAAGUGAGAAUUUGUCUCAGUACUUUUCCCCUAAUGAGUCCAGUGAAAUUUAGUGACUUGCAGAUGGUGUGAUCAAUGGACUUGAUUAUGCAGCCUUUUGCAUAUACAUCCCCCAUUGAAGUCAAUGGGGGCUGUAUGCAGAGGUAGCAGGAAGAGAUUUGCUUUAUGGGAGCAAUUUGGGGUGAAAUUCUGGCCCUUUAAAGUCAGUGGGAGCUCUGCCAUUGACUUUAAUGUUGCCAGGAUUUCACU